UAGAAAAGACAAAUGAUGACGUCAUUUGCCUGCGACAAACAUCGAUUCCACCUAGAAAGCGGCGUGAUGGAAGUAUCUCCUUCUACCGUUUCUCUCAUCAGAGAGUUUGGUUGCGAACAGACUUUGCUGUCCCGUCCUGAUGGAUCGGCGUCCUUCGUUCAAGGCGAUACCAGUGUGAUGGCUGGAGUGUACGGACCCGCGGAGGUCAAAGUCAGCAAGGAGAUCUACGAUCGUGCAACCCUGGAGGUGUUGGUUCAUCCCAAAGUGGGACUGCCUGGUGUGAGGGAGCGAUCACAGGAGCAGUGUCUGCGUGAAACCUGCGAGGCGUCGCUGCUUCUGUCUCUUCAUCCUCGCUCCUCGCUCACGCUCAUCCUGCAGGUGCUGCACGACGACGGUUCCCUGCUGUCGUGUUGUCUGAAUGCAGCCUGCAUGGCGCUGAUGGAUGCAGGCUUGUCCAUGGGCCGCCUGUUCUGUGGCAUAACCUGUGCCAUCAGUGCGGACGGCGAAAUCAUCACAGACCCAACUGCAGCCCAGGAGAAGGAAAGUCGAGCUCUGAUGACCUUUGCCAUCGACAGCAAGGAGCGCAGAGUUAUGAUGUCAUCAACCAAAGGCUCGUUUUCAGUUCACGAGCUGCAGCAGUGCAUAGCCGUCAGUCAAAAAGCGUCGGAGAAGAUCUUUCAGUUCUACAGAGACUCUGUGAGACGGCGAUACUCCAAGAACCUUUGAUCAAAGCCCAGCUUCCUUUAAUCCCCCACCACAUUAUUUUUUUUAAUACAGUGUGCAUAUACAUUUUGUGUAAAAAUAAAAAUAUUUAGCAACCACUUUGGGCUAUCUUUCUU